ACCAAAGAUGCAAAUCCUAUGGGUAGGAAAACCAUAAUAUCGUUCUUCUACUCUUUAACCACUCAUGGUCUCCUGUCAAUCGUGAUCUGAGUGGUGCACCAUAUUCAUCUUCGUUGCAGUGUCAACUGUAAUGACAGUCAUUUUGGCAGUUGUAAUCUCUACUUAGCCUACCAACGGACACAUACAUGUACCUCCACACAAUUUCUACUGAAUUGCCAACUCUUAGCUGUCUGCUGCCUAUUUGCUGGCCCUACAGUCUUUCUAGCCAUCAGACAGCAGAAAACAAAGCCUUCUUCGUCUUCGCCACGCCCGUCGUCACCUCGCCCGUCAUCCCGUCUACGCUUCGGCCGUCGUCCCGUCUUCGCUUCGCCCGUCAUCCCGUCUUCGCUUCGCCCGUCAUCCCGUCUUCGCUUCGCACGUCGUCCCGUCUUCGCUUCGCCCGUCGUCCCGUCUUCGCUUCGCCCGUCCUCCCGUCUUCGCUUCGCCCGUCGUCCCGUCUUCGCAUCGCCCGUCGUCCCGUCUUCGCUUCGCCCGUCUUCGCUUCGCCCGUUGUCCCGUCUCCGCCUCGCCCAUCGCCCCGUCUUCGCCUCGCCCAUCUCCGUCUUCGCCUCGUGGCCACGCCGUCUUCGCCUCCCCUAUCGCCCCUUCGUCACCUCGUGGUCGCCUCGUCUUCGUGGUAUGGUUGUGUUUUGUUUUAUGUUGUAUUAUGUCUUGCAAAUUAACCCGUUGGCUGCCACCCACCCACUUUGAUCCCCUUUUUUUUGUAGCUUGACAGGGACGGGCCGCGCUGUUCUGCUUCAUGGUCUAUCUGCCAUGGGGUGGAGCAGCGCCACUGCCCAAGAUUGGCCGAAUGGCCCCAAAGGCAAUGCACCACAGGGAAUCCCUUGAUCGAGACGGUGAUGUAGACCUGGGAUGUGCAUUUCCGUAAAGGUCUCAUCGCCGUCUCAACCCGGCCCACCCGGCCCCCUUGGUCGCUAUCCCUUUGAUAGCGACAGUAGCUAUUGUAGA